GUUUGCUGAGCUGUACCUGGGACAAGACUCGGCUCACCUGAGUGGGAAGACCGACUCGCUUCUGUUCGGUACUGAAGAGUCCGGUUGGAGCUCAACUGUCUCUGGACACUUUGAACUUUAGGCUUUUAGAAACUCUGUUGGAUGAAGAAUAAUUAACCUGACUAACUUGAACCGAGGAGCUGAUAUGAGGAGUCUUACUUGUCGUGAGUAGUGGAGCCCAGAGACUUGUCGGAAAAUAAACACUUCCGGUGUUUUUCACCCCUUCGUUUUAUUUAUUUAUGACAUUAAAAGACAAAUAAUAAACAUGCUCGGGGCGGAGAGCAUGCUGGAGAGCCGGCUGAAUAAGCUGGAGGCCCUCAUGAGGAACCCAGAGUCGGUGCUAAACUUGGAAACGCUACUGGAUUCCAUAAAUGCCGUGGCUCACGACUUGAACUAUCCUGCUCUGCGGAAGAACAAGAACAUCGAAACGUUUUUGAUGCGAUUUGAAAAGGCGGUGAGCCAGCUGCACGAGCUGCAGGUUAAGCUGGAAGACUUUGAAAAGGUGAAGCUGAUCGGAAGAGGAGCUUACGGAGAAGUGCAGCUGGUGCGACAUAAGGCCUCUCGCAAAGUUUAUGCCAUGAAGCAGCUCAACAAGUUUGAGAUGAUCAAGCGGUCCGACUCGGCUUUCUUCUGGGAGGAGAGGCACAUCAUGGCCUUCUCUAACAGCCCCUGGCUCGUCCAGCUGUGCUGUGCCUUCCAAGAUGACCGCCACCUCUACAUGGUGAUGGAGUUCAUGCCGGGCGGAGACGUGGUCAACCUCACCUUGAACUAUGACAUACCGGAGAAAUGGGCUCGCUUUUACACGGCCGAGGUGGUGCUGGCUCUAGACGCCAUCCACUCAAUGGGUUUCAUCCAUCGAGACAUCAAACCCGACAACAUGCUGCUCGACCGCCACGGACAUCUCAAGCUGACCGACUUUGGCACAUGCAUGAAGAUGGAUUCUACAGGCAUGGUGCGCUCAGACACUGCCGUAGGCACGCCCGACUACAUCUCCCCCGAGGUGCUCCAGUCUCAGGGUGGCGAAGGUCACUACGGGCGGGAGUGCGACUGGUGGUCUGUGGGCGUCGUCCUAUACGAGCUGUUAGUAGGGGAGACUCCUUUCUAUACAGAAUCUUUGGUUGGAACCUACGGGAACAUCAUGAACCAUAAGAAUUCGCUCCGUUUCCCAGAUGAUGUGGAGAUGUCUCAGGAAGCUAAAAACCUCAUCUGUGCCUUUCUAACUGACAGGGAGAUUCGUUUGGGCCGCAACGGAGUGGAGGAGAUCAAAUGUCAUCCCUUCUUCAAGAGCGACCAGUGGACCUUUGACAACAUCAGAGAGACUGUGGCUCCGGUUGUGCCAGAGCUGAACAGCGACAUCGAUACCAGCAACUUUGAUGACAUCGAGGAUGAUAAGGGAGCCGCCGAGACUUUCCCGCCACCUAAAGCCUUUGUGGGCAACCAGCUUCCAUUUGUUGGCUUCACUUACUUCAAGGAAGACCAGCUGCUGAAGGCAACUAAAAACAGCUCAGAGGAUUCUGAUAACGAAAAGGACAAAUUGGAGGAAAAACAGCGUCGCUCUGACAACAAGAAAGAACUGCAGAAAAAAGUGAAUGAACUGGAGGAGCAGCUGGAUCAUGAAAUGCAGGCCAAAGACGAACUGGAGCACAAGUUCCGAAAUGCCACCAACAGUUUAGAAAAGUUGGUCAAAGAAUUAGACAAGGAGAUGAACAGCAGACAGCUCAUGGAGGCCUCACUCAGGCAGAUGGAGCGCGACCGAGUGCUGCUGCAGCACCAGAGCUCUGAGAACCAGCGCAAAGUGGAGAUCGAGACGGACAGGAAACGCGGCUUGGAGAAUGAAUUGAACAGCCUGAGGGACCAGUUAGAGGAUCUGAAGAAGCGGAACCACAAUUCACAGAUCUCCAAUGAGAUGAACAUCCAGUUGCAGAAACAGCUCGACGAGUCCACAGUCACGCUGCAAGCUGAACAGGACGCGGCGGCGAGGCUGAAGAAGAGCCAGGCGGAAAUGCAGAAACAGGCACAGAGCCUGGAGCUGAACCUCAGGGAGGCUCAGGAGAAGUGCAGGCAGCUCGAGGAGGGCAAGAUGGAGCUGGAGAAGCAGCUGACGGCGCUACGGGCCGAGCUGGAGGCGGAGAGGAGGGAGCGCGGCGUCAAGACAGAAAUAAUCGCAGACCUACAGGGACGCACGUCUGGUCUGGUAGAGGAGGUAAAAGAAGUCAAGUCAUGCCUCUCCUCAGUCCAGACCGAGAAGAACCAACUACAGGAGAAGCUCAAUGACCUUGAGAAGGAAAAGAGCAACCAAGAGAUCGAGUUGACAUUUAAGUUAAAGUCGCUCCAGCAGAGCCUGGAGCAGGAGGAGACUGAGCACAAGGCCACGAGAGCCAAGCUGGCGGACGAAAACCAAAUUUAUCAAUCCCUCGAGGUGGCAAAAUCUGCUGCCUUAAAAGAGAUGGAGCACACCCUUCAGGAGGAGCGCCUUCUGAAGCAAGAGGUGGAGGCCAAGCUGCUGCAGCUGAAGAAGGAUCACUCCAUGCUGGACUGCGAUUACAAGCAGGCCCAGCACAAACUGGAUGAGCUGCAGACACAAAAGGAAAGAGUUUCUGACGAGGUAAAGAACCUGAGCCUGCGCCUGGAACAGGAGAUUCACAAGCGCAGCCUAGCCCAGAGUGAGCUGAAAAUGGAGAAACAGCAGGUGACCGUCCUGUGCACCUCGGAGAAGCAACUCAAACAGGAGCUCAACCACCUGCUGGAGAUGAAGCAGGUCCUGGACAAACACAACAACGACAUGCGCAGGGAGAAACAGGAGGCUGAUGGCCUGUUGAAGGACUUAAAGGAACAGCUGGAGGCGGAGCAGUAUUUCACGACCCUUUACAAGACGCAGAUCCGUGAACUGAAAGAGGAGUGUGAUGAGAGGAACAAACUGUAUAAAGAGGCUCAGCAACGACUGGCAGAAUACCAGGAGGAAAGGGAAUCGCUCGCAUCCCAGCUGGAAAGCAGCCUGACCAAGGCAGACUCGGAACAGCUGGCUCGCUCCAUCGUGGAGGAGCAGUACUCCAAUCUGGAGAAGGAGAAGAUCAUGAAGGAGCUGGAGAUCAAGGACAUGAUGGCCAAACACAAGCAGGAACUUGGCGACAAGGAGGCCACAAUCAGCUCGCUGGAAGAGUCCAAUCGCACUCUCACCGUGGAUGUUGCCAACCUGGCCAAUGAGAAAGAGGAGCUCAACAACCAGACAAAAGAACUGCAGCAACAGCUCCAGAAAGCGAAGGAGGAGGAGACGGAGAUGAGCUCUCUUAUAGUCUCCUUUGAAAAGCAGCUGCAGAAUGAAAGGACACUCAAAAUUCAGGCCAUCAACAAGCUAGCCGAGGUGAUGAACCGGAGGCAGACGGUGAGGGGAGUACACCGAGGCACUGACACGGAGGUGCACAGGAGGGAGAAGGAGAACAGAAAGCUGCAGCUGGAGCUCAGAUCAGAGAAGGAGAAACUCAACAGCACCAUCAUCAAAUACCAGAGAGAGCUGUCGGAAAUGCAGGCGCUAAUAGCGGAGGAGAACCAGGUACGUCAGGAGCUUCAAAUGACGCUGGCCAGCAAGGACAGCGACAUCGAGCAGCUUCGCUGCCAGCUCACCUCCCUCAGCGUUCACUCUCUGGACUCCACCAGCAUCAGCAGUGCCAACGACCUGGACGGGGGUGAAGGCUACCCAGUACGUAUUACUCACUCGCAUACCUCUGAAUCAAUGUCCUUCACCUACCAGCGCACACACAAAUCAGUGCGCAUCGACACUCGGCCCGACCUCCGACGUUCCGCACACUCUCUUUUUGACUCGGACUCUGAGGAUGAAGAGGAAUGUGAAGAGCGGGGCCAGAGUCCCCCGGCUCUCACUUACCAGCAGCCUGAGCCUGAACAUGCAGACUCCAGACUAGAGGGCUGGAUUUCACUUCCUACCAAGCACACAAAGCGGUUCGGCUGGGACAAAAAGUACAUAGUGGUGAGCAGUAAAAAGAUUCUGUUCUACAACAGCGAGCUGGACAGAGAACUGGCCAACCCUUUCAUGACCUUGGACAUAGACAAGCUGUUUCACGUCCGACCUGUCACUCAGACAGACGUGUACCGUGCAGAUGCCAAAGAAAUCCCAAGGAUAUUUCAGAUCCUGUACGCCAACGAGGGCGAGAGUAAGCGCGAGCAAGAAGUCAUGGACGCCACAUCUUUCGGCGAGCGCCCCUCCUACAUCAACCACAAGGGCCACGAGUUCAUCCCCACGCUCUAUCACUUCCCUUCCAGCUGUGAGGCGUGCACGCGCCCCCUGUGGCACGUCUUUAAGCCACCGCCGGCCCUCGAGUGCCGCCGCUGUCACACCAAGUGCCACAAAGACCACCUGGACAGGAAAGAGGAGGUCAUUGGGCCUUGCAAGGUGAGCUAUGACAUGUCCACCGCCAAAGAGAUGCUUUUGCUGACCAACAGCCAGGAGGAGCAGCAGCGAUGGGUCAGCCACCUCCUCAAGCGCAUCCCCAGGAAACACCCGUCAGCCACUGCCUCCCCGCCCUAUGUUCCCGAAGUGGCGUCGGCGAGAUCCUCCCCUCUUGUUUCGCCGCGCGCGUCGCCCAAAGGCUCGCCGCAGAUUUCGCCACAUCGCGGGGCCAUGAAGAUUCCGUCCACCAGACAGCAGCAGCAGCAGUCAGGCAAAGCCAGAUUGCUUGAGUUUGGCCUGAAAGACUGGAGGUGGUCGUUGGACGACACCGCUAGUGAUGAUGAUGAUGAUGAUGAUUUGGUCUUCUGAAAGAAGUGAAAAGGGAGGGGGGAAGGAGGUUAACGGCGGCUGAGCAAAGACAUUGUCUGUUUGGGUGAUUGACAGCAGUGUGGCGACAAAUCAAGAUGAGAGACAUUCACAGCCAGUGGAAGAACUUUAAAUAGGAGAAAGAAGAGCACUACUUAUUCAGGUUUUUCCCACACAAGCUAGCAAAAAAACACAAAAGAAAGGACUUUUACAUUCAUGUUUGAAGUGCAAGAUGUGUGUGCUUUGUAUAAAUGAAGAGGACUAGCACAUUCAGCACGUGUGGAUUGUAUUAUUUCUAUGAGCAGAUGCUGAGUUGACACAUCACGUUGGGUCCUAAGACUUGUUGCAAAGUCAACAGAAACAAUCCCAUUUUCUCUUCAAUUAUCUAAUAAAAUGAUUGUACC